UCAGGUUUCCUUGUGGAGAAGGGGUCGUCGUCCGCGGGCCUCGCGAGAGUUUCCCGCCAGGACGCGAGCUCUUUAAAGGAGGUUAAGCUCGCGAGGUUCGUGGGUGAAGACCCUUGAGAUUCUAAACCGGGAGCUCGUGCCUUUUUGUAUUGUGCGGUUUACUGUUGUCUUUAGACUGGAACUUGGCUGCAUCAUCCUGCCUCCGGGAACAAACUCUUCGAGUUGAGGCCUCGUCCGGGUUGCUGCCUUUGAAAGCAAGGGAAGGUCGGUACACUUUGAACCGCAACACAGCAUGGAACUUCCAGAGAGGUCUUAUUGCAAAACUGUGUAAAGAACAAGAACCACCUGGACUUCUGGAAGGGAGCUCAAACUGGCCUGAAUUUGAAGGAGGGGAUAAUGUGUGCCCAACCUGUAACUGACACAAAGGAGAUCAAGUGGCAGAAGGUCUUGUAUGAGCGGCAGCCCUUUCCUGAUAACUAUGUGGACCGGCGUUUCCUGGAAGAGCUCCGGAAAAACAUCUACGCCCGGAAGUACCAGUACUGGGCUGUGGUAUUUGAGUCCAGUGUGGUGGUACAGCAGCUGUGCAGCGUUUGUGUUUUUGUGGUUAUCUGGUGGUACAUGGAUGAGGGCCUCCUGGCGCCCCACUGGCUUUUUGGGACUGGCCUGGCUUCUUCACUGAUUGGCUAUGUUUUGUUUGAUCUCAUCGAUGGAGGCGAAGGACGGAAAAAGAGCGGGCGGACCCGGUGGGCUGACUUGAAGAGUGCCCUCGUUUUCAUUACUUUCACAUAUGGUUUUUCGCCAGUGCUGAAGACCCUGACAGAGUCUGUCAGCACCGAUACCAUCUAUGCCAUGUCAGUCUUUAUGCUCUUGGGCCACCUCAUUUUCUUUGACUAUGGCGCCAACGCUGCCAUUGUAUCCAGCACACUGUCCUUGAACAUGGCCAUUUUUGCCUCUGUCUGCCUGGCGUCGCGCCUGCCCCGGUCCCUGCAUGCUUUCAUCAUGGUGACAUUUGCCAUCCAGAUUUUUGCCCUGUGGCCCAUGUUACAGAAGAAACUGAAGGCAUGUACUCCAUGCAGCUACGUGGGAGUCACGUUGCUUUUCGCAUUUUCAGCCUUGGGAGGUUUACUGUCCAUUAGUGCUGUGGGAGCCAUCCUCUUUGCCAUUCUGCUGGUUUCCAUCUCUUGUCUCUGCCCUUUCUACCUCAUUCGCCUGCAGCUUUUUAAAGAAAACAUUCAUGGGCCUUGGGAUGAGGCUGAAAUCAAAGAAGACCUGUCCAGGUUUCUCAGCUAAGUUAGAGACUUCCAUUCUGUUAUUAAGGCAAGCUGAUAGACUAGCCUCCCAACUAGUAGAAGACUCGAAGACAGUCCCAUCCUGGAAACAACAUACUGAUGUGGGGGUAGGGGAACAGCAGUCAAAAGAAAGAACUAACCAAAGGCAUGGGUGGUGAAGAUGCUUGUCCUUUCUGUUAUUUUGUGGAUGAAAAUGCUUUCUGGGGCCCUCCUCAAUUCUUGCCUCUCAUUUGCUGUAACAAAUGAAGUGGUGUGGCUUCUAUUUAUUAAAAAAAUAACAUCCAUUAA